UUCGAAAAUUUUGUUUUGCAGAAAUGAUGAAUUUUGCCGUGGGGGUUCUGUAUAUCCUAACCCCAAGGAACCAUGCCUCUUCUUGUCUCUUGGCCGUUCAGUUGAUGUUCACUAUCCUCUUCAGAAGAGAUCUCGCAUCAGUGUUCCAGUUGAUAGCAAUGGACAAUGGUUUGAUAAGCAGAAGCAGAAUACCUCUAUUGAAUCUUUGCCAGAUGAAUGCCUUUUUGAGGUCCUUAGAAGGUUGCCUGCCGGCCAAGAUAGGAGUGUCUGUGCUUCUGUAUCCAAGCGCUGGCUUAUGCUUCUUAGCAGUAUUUGUAAGAAUGAAAUAUGCAGCAAUGGAAAUCCCACAAAUGAUAAUGAUCAGGGAUUGAGCAACGAAGGACACCUGUACCGAAGCUUGGAGGGAAAGAAGGCAACAGAUGUCAGACUCGCUGCCAUUGCUGUUGGGACAGCGCCUCGAGGAGGGUUGGGGAAGCUUACAAUUCGUGGAUGCAAUUCAGGUGGUGGAGUCACUAAUGUAGGUCUCAAGGCCAUUGCUAAUGGAUGCCCUUCUCUAAAGGUUUUCUCUGCGUAUGAUGUUACUACUAUUAAUGAUGACGGCCUGAUUGCCCUUGCUAAUGGGUGUUAUCGGUUAGAGAAGCUUGACCUUUGCAAGUGCCCCAAUAUUUCUGACAAGUCUUUAAUUGCAGUCGCCAGGAAUUGUCCAAGUUUAACUGAGCUAUCAUUUGAGUCAUGUCCUAAUAUUGGUAACAAAGGUUUACAAGCUUUUGGGAUGUUUUGUCCCAAUCUAAGGUCUGUCUCAAUUAAGGGUUGCUUCGGAGUUGGUGAUAAUGGAAUUGCUAGCCUCAUGUCUUCAACUUCUUAUGUUCUAAAAAUGUUGAAGCUUGAGUCGCUGGAUGUGUCUGAUGUCUCUGUAGCAAUGAUUGGGCAUUAUGGCUUGCAAGUUACUGAUCUUGUCCUAAGUUGCCUCCCAAAUGUCAGUGAGAAAGGGUUUUGGGUGAUGGGUAAUGGCCGUGGACUGCAGAAACUGAAUUCAAUCACUAUCGAAUGCUGCCCAGGAUUGACAGACAUAGGGAUUGGAUCUAUUGGAAAGGGUUGUCCAAAUGUGAAAAGUUUCCAGCUUCGUAAAUGUUCAUUUCUGUCAGACAAGGGGUUGGUUUCAUUUACCAGGGCUGCUGUAUCAAUUCAGAGCCUACAAUUGCAGGAGUGCCACAGAAUUACCCAAAUUGGACUUUUUGGUGUCUUUUUUCACUGUUCUGCAAAAUUGAAGGUUCUUGUUCUGAUUAGCUGCUAUGGGAUCAAAGAUCUGACCAUGAACUUGCCACCAAUAACUCCUUGUGAAUCAUUUUGGUCCUUAACAAUCCGUGACUGUCCUGGAUUUGGCAAUGCUAAUCUUGCAUUACUUGGAAAGCUCUGUCCCCAGCUUAAGCAUGUUGAAUUGUGUGGACUUCAGCGGGUAACAGAAGCAGGGUAUCUUCCACUGCUGGAGUGUUCUGAGGCUGGUCUAGUCAAAGUUAUUUUAAAGGGAUGUGUAAAUGUGACGGACAGAGUAGUUUUGCCUGUGGUCAACACUCAUGGAUGGACUCUUGAGAUGCUGUGUCUUGAAGGUUGUAGAAGAGUCACCGAUGCUAGCAUGAUUGGAAUUGCAGCCCAUUGCCCGAUGUUGUCUGAUCUUGAUCUUUCCAAGUGUGCAAUCACCGAUGCUGGCAUUGCAGCUCUUGCACGGGGAAAUCAGAUAGGCCUGGCUGUACUUUCUGUUGCAGGUUGUAUAUUGCUUUCAGACCAGAGCAUACCCGCACUGAAAAAAAUGGGUCAAUUCCUUGCAGGACUGAAUAUCAAGCACUGCAGUGGAAUCAGCAGCCGUGUGGUCAGCGAGCUUCACGAACAUCUCUUGACCUUCAAGGGGCGUCUUGAAGUUCCAGCUUUGUGCUGGUUUUGUCUUGGUUACUUUUGCGGUUCAGAGUUUUAUGAAGCCUUUCUCUUCAGGGGCUUUGGCCAUGCCAGCCGAUUCUAUAGGUCUUAUUCUCAGAAGGCAUUAUUGGCGAUGAUGUAUGAUAUGAAAAGACUUGACAUGUGGUCGCAACACUAUGGAACAAUGGCCUUGCCCUCUAAGUCUACACGUGAUAAUUUUCCAUCCAAACCUUCCUUAUUUCGCUUAGCGUGGGACGAUGAGGUUUUGAUUAAGUGGGCUUGGGAAAAUGAACAACCCAGCGUUACAACAAGACUUUCAGAGUAA